AUGGCUAAGAAACGCGCAUCUUCAUCUGGUAAACGUGGGGCUGGACAGAGUGCUACCCGCGGUGGUAGACAAGCUAGAGCUCAUCAGACUAGAGCUCAGACUAGGACUCAGGCUACUCCUCAGCCUGAAGUUGUGAAUGGGGGUCCUCAGGCUACUUCACAAGCACAAGCUCAAGUUCAGUUGAAUGUUGCAGCUAAUCAGACACCUCAGUUGGCCCCUCAACAGAAGUUCAUUGAUCGUUGUGAAGAGAUAUUGACUACGUUGGGGCUGAAGGAGACUCGUGGUGUGGAAUUUCCCACUUUCUUAUUCUCAGGGUCUGCAGAGUCUUGGUGGAUUUCGAUUCAAAGAGGUAGACAAGCAGGGUUACCACCUAUUACUUGGUCAGAAUUUUUAGCACUGUUUAAGGAUAGGUUUAUUCCAUUAAGCAAGCAAGAUGACAUGAGACGUCAGUUCAAUAAUCUGCGGCAGGGAAUUAUGACCGUUACAGAAUAUGAGGCCAAGUUUACAGAUUUAUCCAGGUAUGUACCUUAUUUGGUAGAGGAUCCGAGAGAGAAGGUGAGAUGA